GGGUAGGUAGAGUAUAGCAUAGGAAAAGGGAGGGAAGAGAACCGGCACAACUCUGGAAGGCUCACAGAAAGGCAGUGGCAACAGCAUACUGUGCAGACAUACAGAAAAUAUGGAGAGCAAAGACGGAGCAGAAGGGUGCUUCGACGCCGAGAACUGCACACGAGCAGGUCCGGCCACGUCUUAUCAAAUUCCCCCACCCCCUCUCGGAGCGACCGAGACGUGACGGAGAGUUGAUUUAUUUCCCCAUUUAUGUGUUCCCUGUCGAAAAGACAGCAGGCACCAGAGCGGUGUAGCACUUCCCGAAGGAGAGACGUGUUUUAAAGAGAGCCAUACAAGACAGAAGAUGCAUCUGGUGCUGCCAUGAAGAACAAUCUUGUGCAUGCCGAAUUCGUGCCCUCCGCAGACACCCAUCCGAAUGCAUUGUUGCAGGAUACACCUCCGCAGGUGAUCGCCGCAUUGCACUCCAUCUACCCGUUUCUGAUCGCUGCGAACCGGGUACUUUCGUUUGUGACAUGGACGACGGAGUCGUACUACCGCAACUUUGUCCUUAUGUUCAUUUACAUCUUGUCGGUGCUCCACUGGAACAACUACAUCAUCAUCGUGCUCCCGACGUUUAUCGUGCUCGCGUACUGCUGCACGAACUGGUUCGUGAAAACCAGCUUUGUUGACACAGCCUACUUCAUGACGCCGCCUACUCUGGAGGAGAUUGUCGACACGCUGGAUAACUUCAACAUGAGAGCGAGCUUUGUGUCGAGAAUCAACGCUCCGUCGAAAGACUUCAGGCGCCUUUUCGUCAAUCUUUGUCUGCUGACCCCGUUCUACGUCUACCUCAUGAAAAACUACAUCUCCUACAAGGUCUGGAUGGUCUGCACAAGUCUCUUCGUGUUCACGUACUAUUCCACGUGGUUCAUUGCGCUCCGACGGCUUCUCUUUCGGCUGAAGCCCGUGAAAAGGCUUCUGGGGUUGUUUACAGGCGAGAACUACUCCGUCGCAGACAACGAGCUGGAGGUGACGUUACUAAACUUGAACACGAAAAACUCGAUCGAUAGGAACACCAAGGUCAUCGAGUUCCAUCUUCUAGAAAACGAACGAAGGUGGGUUGGGUUGGGCUGGUGCAAGAGGAUGAUGUUUUUUGAACGCUCCCCCUACUGCACGCUUGACUUGAAGCAGUACUUGGGCAGUCUAGAUGACUUCUGCUUCCCGAAACUGAAAAACUAUGAGAACACGAAAUGGAUCUGGCUAGACAAAAGCUGGGUCCCAGACCAGAAGGGCUGGACUUAUUGCGACAACUACUGGAACCAUCCGCAACACGGGGAUUCCGUCACCAGAUACACCCGAUCUCGGCAGUUGAGACGUCAAUGCCUCGUAGUUCUCAACAAGUAGGACGUGUGUGCAGAUUGUAUAGUAAAUGCUAACUACAACUGUUACUAUAAUAUUAUUUUCUUACAACUUACGUAAUACAAAGCCCC